UUGACCGCAGGCGGUGAGAUAGAUAGGAAAGCUGCAAAUACAGAAAAAUUGACGAAAAAGCAAAGAGGGAAACUUCCGCAAUCUGAUCGAUCGGCUGCUACAGAACUCCUAGCAACACGUUUACCGCCUAAUGAAGUCGGGAACGCGAAAGCAACACCGGAAUCAAGGUCGCGCCGAAUUUCAACGCCAACGACAAAACGAUCACAGGGGCAACCCCUACAGUCAUCCAUCAAAGACGCCGAAAGAAGUCAAGGACACUGCCCCAGAGAACUUUUGUUUAUUGUUGACAGUUCUGGGUCGGUCCAAAAAAUUUACGAUCAACAGAAAGAGUACUUAAUGUCGUUACUCAAUGAGCUACAGGUAAGUUUGUUCGAAAAUUGA